CCGGUGCUGCUUGACUCGACGCUGGGAGUUCGCGCGCGCACAUGGACGCGAUGAAAUUACCGGAGCGGACGUUUCCAGGGAUUUCUCUGCACCUCGACGCCGGGGAAGUAAAGUUUCCUCCGGAUUCGCGCGGUUUGAUCGAGUCUCAGGUAAACACACCUGUGCGCCGAUGACGGAGUUCGCGCUUCAGACGCCUGGCAGCAGGCUGUGAGAGGGCGAUCAGAGACUUUGGUAAUUGUUGGUAAUGAGAAGGAGCGGCUCCUCUGUCAGCUGGUUUUUCUCCUGCUGAAUUAUGCGGGUCUCCAGAUGUGUGUGGCUGCUGAUUGGAGGAGGCUGUACUGGUGGGUGGUCCUCCAGUGGCUAGUGGGCGUGGCUCUAUCAGCGCCCUGUGCCCAGCGCUGUGACUGUUUGCCAAAGCUCCUAACAGUGAACUGUUCAUCAAGACAACUGUCUAUCGUUCCCUCAGGCGUUCCUGACAACACCCAGACACUUAACUUAACCAACAACCACUUAAAGACUCUGUCGAGGCGGCAGUUCUCCGGCCUGAUGCAGUUACGUGAGCUGGACCUCAGCGACAAUCUGCUGACGAUGAUCGAGGUCGAAGCCUUCGCCGGAUUGCAGAACCUCCUUGCGCUGAGGUUAUCCCGCAACCGGUUGAAGAUCAUCCCGGUCGGAGGCUUUUCCGGCCUCCCCAACGUGCAGUUUCUGGAUAUUAGCGAGAACGAGAUCUUGGUGCUCCUGGACGACAUGUUCCGUGAGAUGGUGUCGCUCCAGAAGCUGGAGGCCAGCGAGAACGAUCUGGUGUUCAUCUCCAACCGCGCCUUCGCCGGCCUAACCAACCUGCAGGAGCUGAACCUCGACCGCUGCAACCUGACGUCGGUGCCGAUCGAAGCCCUGUCGCAGCUCACCGGACUCAUGCGCUUGCGUUUCUGCAGACUCGGUCUUACAACGCUCCCCAACAACUCCUUCCGCCAAUUGGGACGUUUGCAGGAUUUGCAAGUGUCUCAGUGUCCUUGGUUGGACUCGUUGGCUGCUAACAGUCUGUUCGGACUCAAUCUCACGUCGUUGACACUUAGCCAUUGCAACCUGAGCGCCGUGCCGUAUUCCCCGCUCCAUCACCUCGUCUACUUGCGAUACCUAGACUUGUCCUACAACCCAAUCACCACCAUCCUUUCCAGUCUCCUCGGGGACUUGCUACGACUCCAAGAGCUGCAUCUAGUCGGCACAGGGCUUCUACGGAUUGAACCGGGCGCUUUCCGCAACCUUGCGUUUUUCCGGCUCCUCAACGUGUCGGAGAAUCACUUGGCGACUCUGGAGGAGUCUGCCUUCCACUCGGUCAGUACUUUAGAGGUCCUACGUUUAGACGGGAACCCGUUGGCGUGCGAUUGCCGACUUCUUUGGGUGAUGCGCAGACGCCCUUGGCUUCACUUCGAAGGACAUUCGCCAACUUGCGUUACACCUGUGCAGGUGCAAGGCAGGACGUUUGCCGACUUCACGGAGGUUGAGAUUCCCAGGUUGUUCACCUGCCGACAAUCUCGCAUUCUUACUCGAAAGCCGCAAGAUGUUCGGACAGACGAAGGACAUACGGUUUUAUUCUUCUGCACUGCAGAUGGAGACCCAGCACCGUCAAUUAUAUGGCUGAAUCCGAAACGCUCCGUCCUCACCAGCUCGGGUCGGAUUCGCGUACUCGCCAACGGGACCCUGGAAGUGCGCUAUGCGCAGGUACAGGAUAGCGGGUACUACUUGUGCAUCGCUUCGAAUGCUGCAGGGAACGACAGCGUCUCGGUGAGCCUGCGGGUGCGAGGGUUUCCAGCGUCCGCUCGCAACCGCUCCAGCUCAUUCUUUCUGGAAGGCUGGAGCUUCGCGUCCGGACAAGCGGCAGUCAAUGGAUCGCAACCGUUUCCGUUUGACGUGAAAACACUGGUGAUUGCCGUGACCAUGGGGUUCCUGUCGUUCCUGAGCUCGGUGGCCGUCUGCUUCGUCUUCAUGUUUUUCUGGAGUCAGAGCAAAGGACAGAUCAAACACACGGCGACUAUCGACUUUGUGCCGCGCAGCACUGCCACGGCGUCCGGAGGCGGACGGACUAUGGAGACGGGAAGAUUCACCAUGAAGCUGAUCUGAGAACUACAAAACUGAGAACAUGAGGUGUUUGAGGUGCUACUAGAUAUCAAGAGUUUCAGCAUGAGGGUAAGAUGCAUGAAGCUCCUCUUCUGAAUGUCGUUCACUGCCCAAAAUUGUUUUUCUUCAGUGCUUCUGUCUCAUUUCCAAGUACAAAUAUAUAAACAUUCUUAAAGGGUUGGAUUAACAGAAAAUGAAAAUUAGUCCAUGAUUUACUCACCCUCAUGGCAUCCUAGGUGUAUACAGUCAUGGCUAAACAUAUUUUUGUCAGAAAAUGCAACCCUUCUCUCAGGAAAUUGUUGCAGUUGCAAAUGUGAGAAGAAAAGUCAAAUCUGAUACAAUUUCACACGGAACCCAAAAAAGGGACUGGAAAAAAUUAUUGGCACCCUUAACUUAAUAUUUGGUAGCACCCCCUUUGGAAAAAAUAACUGAAAUCAGUCGCUUCCUGUAACCAUGAAUGAGUUUCUUACACCUCUCUACUGGAAUUUCCUUUGUAACCAUUUCUGAGUGCUUUUUGAAGUGUGUUUCGGGUCAUUGUCCUGCUGGAAGACCCAUGACCAUCAGAUUUCAUUAAACCAUUCACAUAGUCAAGGCAUCCAGUGCCAGAAGUGGCAAAACAACCCCAAAACAUCUUUGAACCUCCACCAUGUUUGACUGUAGGGACUGUGUUCUUUUCUUUGAAGGCCUCAUUUCUUUUUGUGUAAACAGUGCCAUGGUGUCCUUUAUCAAAAAGCUUUACUUUUGUCUCCUCUGUCCACAGUACGUUCUCCGAGAAGGAUUGUAGUUUUGUCACAUAAGUUUUGGCAAACUUUUUUAUGCCUUUGUGUCAGCAGUGGUGUCCUCCUGGGUCUCCUACUAUAGCGUCCCUUUUCAUUGAUGGUGACGGAUAGUGUGAGCUGACACUGUUGUACCCUGUGUCUGCAGAUCAGUUUGAAUUUGUUUGGAAGUUAAUCUGGGUUCUUUAUUCACCAAUCCACAAUCCUUCAUUGUAAUUUUUCAUAAAUUUGGCUCUUCCGUCCAUGUCCAUGGAGGUUCGCUACAGUGCCAUGGACCGUAAACCUCUUGAUGAUAUUGUGCACAGUGGACACAGGAACAUUUAAGAUCUCUGGAGAUGGACUUGUAGCCUUGAGACUGUCCAUGUUUUUCCACCUUUUUUUUUUUCACUCAAAUCCACAGACAACUCUUGUGUGACACAAAGGUUGAGUCAACUUUUCUCAAUUUUAACUGGUUGCAAGUGUGAUUACUAUAUUGCCCACACCUGUUACUUGCCACAGGUGUGUCUAAAUACAAAUUACAGGAGCAUCACAUGCUUGAAAGGCAAUUAUUUCUUACAAUUUUGACAAGGUGGCAAUAAAUUUUGUCCAGGCCUAAUUUCGAGUUCUGUGUGAAAUUUUAUCAAGUUUGACUUUUCUUCUGUUUUUGUUUGUGUUGUUGGAGUGCAAACAAAAACAAUAAGCAUGUGAAUACCAAAACAUUUGCAAUUGGAACAGUUUUCUGAGAUAAGCGUUGCAUUUUCUGACAGAAUUGCAAGAGUGCAGAUAUUUUUGGCCAUGACUGUAUGACUUUCUUCUUUCAGAUGAAUCCAAUCUGAGUUGUAUUAAAAAUUAUUCUGGCUCACUUAAGCUUAAUAAUUACAGCGGGUGUGUGUUUCUUUUCAUCAGUCCAAAACAAGUCCAAUAAAGUGCAUCCAUCCAUAAUAAAAACUGCCUCACAUGGCUGCCGGGGGUGAAUAAAGGCCUCCUGUAGCGGAUUGAUGCAUCUUUGUAAGAAAAAUAUCCAUAUUUAAAAUGUAAGAAUCACUUUAAUCUAGCUUGUGUUUACAGUUGUACAGGGAUGUUUUCAUUGCACAUCCACAGGUGAGAAGUGAUGAAUGCAGAUGUACAGUGAAGAGACCAAAACAAAACAGCGGUCACGAAUUAGAAGUUCAAAACAAGACUGGUUUUCCUUUGCUAAAACUUCGCUUCCUUUGCUUCUGUAAACAAACGUUGGUUUGUGUUCAGGUUGUGGAGAGGCUUCCAUGAACAACUGUUAGCGCAAGCUAGAGAAAAGUGAUUUUUAUGUUUUAAUUAUGGAUAUUUUCUCUUACAAAAAUGCAGCAAUUUGCUACAGGAGGCCUUUAUUCAGCCCCUUGCAAUGUGGCCAAGUCUGCGGGUUUCCCGUGAAACUGGGCUAUUUUAACAUUGUUGCCGCGGGUUGUGUUUCAUGUCUGUGGGUUUAAGCAACUCCAGUAACGUCAUAUUUAGCUCCUGGAGUGUGUGAACAAAAACGUGUAUAUUACACCCUUGGGCUAGUUUUGAGUUGAAAUUGAGUGGGUUUUGUUGUGAAAACCUGGCAACCCUGCCCCUGGAGCCAUGUGAGGCAUUUUUUUAUUAAGGAUGGAUGCACUUUAUUGGACUGUUGAACAGAAACACCCACUCACUGCCAUUAUAAAGCUUGGAAGAGCCAGGAUAGUUUUUAAUAUAACUCUGAUUGCAUUUGUCUGAAAGAUGAAAGUCAUAUACACCUAGGAUGCCUUGAGAGAGUAAACAAUGGGCUAAUUUUCAUUUUUGGGUAAACUAUCCCUUGAAUUUAAAAUGCAUUUAGUAGAGAUGCAUAAUGACAGAUGAUGAUAAGUCUUGUUUUCUGAAUAAAUGAAAUGUGAAAUUUUUAUGCUUAAAAGAAGAACAAAUAUUAAAUGGAUAGAAAGACAAAAACUAUGGGAUCAGAAAAUCAACUUGGCAGAUAUUUGUUCCUCAUUUUAAAGGUGCUGUAUGUAAUAUUGACAGCUAGUGGCUGAAAUGGGUACUGCAGUCCAAAUUCAUAACAAUGGAGAGAGUCGUUUCUGCCGCCUCUCCUCUUCAGACAUGAUGCUCAGACGGGUUGCCAGAUGCUACAAGGAAGUGUUAAGCCCUAAGUAUACUUUGUUUUUGUAUGUGUACGUUAGCAUAAGUGUACAGUUGAAUGCGUAACCUUUCAAAGUGUACUGCAGUUAAUGUGCAUGAAAGGACGCAGUCAACAUAUGCGCUCUACAAAGCUUGUCCAUUGUCUGUGCUAUUUUUUUCCAUAAGUUAUGACCAAUAACAAUUAUUUUUGAACUCAUUUAAACAAAAGGCUGGGCUGUCUUGUACCCUCUCACUUACAAGCGCUUGUCAGUGUGAGCUUCUGUUGUUGUUGUUUCAUCUCUUCAGUUUUUUUUUUUUUUUUACUAUAAACAUUUUUUACUAUUGCCACCUUGUGGAACAACUGAUUAUUGCAAAACAAAUUCAAUUUGCAUGUUUGAUCUGGGCAUACAAAGUACACAAGCUCACAAAAAUCGGGUGGUGCACAUACUAUUCUAGUGACAAAAUUCACGUCACGUGCUCUGUACGCUGAUCCUCAUGUAUGUGUAAAAAGUGAGGUAUGCUUUGGGCUUUAGCCAGUGUUGCCAAGUCUGCGGUUUUCCUGCGAAAUUGGGCUACUUCAACACUGUUGCUGCUGGUUGUUUUUGUUGUCCACGGGUUGAAGCAACCACAAUAACACCAUAUUUAGCCCCUAAAAUACGAAUUUACCAAGUGUUUAUUGUAAUACACAAAAAUGUUUAUUUUAUGCCCUGGAACGCAAUUUUUAAUGGGGACCAAUUGGGGUAGUUUUGGACAAGUUUUAAGUAGCAGUUGGGAAGGUUUUGUUGUGAAAAUCUGGCAACCCUGGCAUUAGGCAAGAAGUUAAUGAGCUGAUUUAUCUACAUUUUAAUAUUUCUUAAGUCAUAGAGCUUUUUAGAUGGAUCCUGAAGUAUUUUAGACUGGUAGAAUCUGUGAUCUCUGACAAAGUUUGUUUGGCUGCAAUAUGCUGUGUUUUCCAGCAACUGGCAACCCAGGGUGUUGAAAUCCUAUUGGGUAAACUAGCAGUGGGUGGAGUCCAAAACAAAAACAUUCCAACACACAUUAGAGUAGAGUAGUUUUUCAGAGAAAUGAGUAGAUAAACUUAGCAUGUUACCUAAAUAUCUGCAAACAUGUUUUGGUACUUUUUAUGCUUUAGUUCAGUCAAAAAAUGACAUGCAACACCUUUAACCCUCUUAUUGUUUCACAGGUCAGUUUGACCAAUGUUUGAUAUUCAAACUGUAUGAAAUGUUUGGACGUGCUGAUGUGUUUUGAAAAGCCUGUACAAAUUUCGGGGACUCUGAAGGUGUUGAGGUUUUCCAUUGAUUGACACUGAUUUGAACUAACAAGUGUUAGUUAAAAAACAGAAAACUUUAAGCUUGGCAAAGCCUAAAAUAUAAAAUAUAAAAAAAUAAAUGAAAUUUAAGUCUCAGGGUUUACUAGAAAUGAUCUUCCAAAUAAUGAACAGAAAUAAAUAUAAAUAAUGUGAGUUAUUAUUUAUUUAGCAUUUUCUUUUUACACAUUUGCAAUAUAAAAGUAGUUAAUAACAGCAGCCAUGAGAAAGAGAAAAAACAAAACAAAAAAACAUUUUUUUUGAACAUUGAAAUAUUUUGGUCAAAUUGACCCGAAACACCAAUAGAGGACUUAAAAAAAACAAAACAAAAAAAAAACAAAACGCAACAUAAAUUCAUAAUUUCUCAUAAUUUAUUGUUAUUAUUGCACGGAAACACAAAAGUCAAACUCCCUUCAGUUUGAUCCGUUUCUCAGAAAACAAGACUUCUUGUCAUUUUGCAUCUCAAGUGUUGAUUUAAGGAUGUUUAGAAAUUUAUCCUGAACAAAUCAAACACCAUGACUUCAGCAGUGAUUCUCUUGAGCUUAUAGUGUGAUUUUUACUGAUGGUACAUGAUGUUAAAUCUCAAGAAACUUUAUAUUUUCCUGUUUCACACGUCUGCAGAACAUGCUUUGGCGUCUACAUUUUUGAGUUUGGGUUGAAUUUGUCAUUUGGAUAUAAAUGUAAUCACGUUUUUAAUCAUUUAUGUUUGUGAGAUGAUGAGCUUUUAAAAGGUUGUGAGGCUUUAAAUCAGAUCAUUUUCGCAUGAGCUGCAUGAAUGCAUGUGUGAGACGCUCGGAUCACAUUAUUAGCAUCUGUAAACAGGAAAAAGUGCAAUAUUGAGGCUUUAACUGAACAGAAGAAACAGGAGAAAAGAUCUCAGGUUAAACUGAGAAGGUUCAUUCAUGUUCAGUAAACCCUGAAGUAAUUCUAUGAUUCAUUUAGUGUAUGAAACAACAGAAAUAUUGAAUGCGCUGCAUCUCAGGUUUGUGUGAAUGUCUGGAACGACUGCAUGUGUUUUUCUAUGGUAGUUUUGCUGAUGAUGCUUUUAGAUACAACAGCAACCACAGAUGUUUAACUCUGCUGUGUGUUUGCUUUAGAAAA